CGCCGAUAUUUGGCGGGAAGGCGGAGAAUAUGUCGAGGCAGCGGCGGAGACCACCGGUGGCGACGGGGAUGAAGGCAGGCAGUUUGCUACAAUACUUGACUGUCCAAGGGCAGCACCCGCUACUCGGUCAAGGUGAGGAGUCGUUGCCGUCGAAAGUCGAAUCCAGCCUGUCGUGUGGCAACGAUGGGCCGCCCACACCGUUUGCAAGGGAAGGCUCAUUGCCACAGCUGGAACCGGGUAUGAAAGACCAAGCUAGUCCAAACGCAAUGGAUGAGGAAUUCGAAAGUGCGUCCAACGUCCAAGCAGUGCCACCUUCUGCGGAAGAAUCUCCCGUCCAAGCCGCGGGUUGCCAAUUCAGUCGCAACGACAUUCCCGAACCCAAGUCGUCGCCAGUACCUCGGCACCUUGAUUCACCCAACGGUUCUCCAUCUCGACCGAUAGAGGCAACUGAGAACGUGUCCACAGCAUCAUGGGAACCGAACGCGUCCGCAUCCAAAAAAGUCAAAGUAGACACCUCUCUCUCCGAAUACGAACGCCAGCGCCUCGAGAAAAUGCAACAAAACGCAGCCUUCUUGGCAUCUCUCGGCAUCGACCGCCCAACUCUGUCCCUUCCACGCCAAAGAGCCGGCGCGACCAGAAAUGCGCGACCUCGGAGGAAGCCGCAGGUCCCGCCAGUCCUACGUCGUUCCACUCGGCAGACACCGUCCAUGUCUUCCACGGCCACCAUCAACGACACCGUGCCGGAUGUGGCGACGCCACCUCGACAAGAUCUUUCAGUUCCAACCGACACAUGUGCUUUGUUUCAGUAUCUCUGUGAACGAAGCAGUGCAUCGCCAUCAUCGCCUUCGUCGUCGAGCAAGGCCACAGCUCUGUCCUGCGCCACACUUCGACUUACGACCACUUCAGGACAUGAUCGUGCCGACCCGCAGCUGAAGCGGAUUUACUCGAUGGCAUCGUGUGGGCCAUUGAUAGCUGCUGGUGGCCACAAUGGCUACAUAUCGCUGUACGCUCGAGAUGUGCUGUACCAGUCGUCGUCGUUGCUGUCAUUUCGAGCCCACCAGGGGUGGUGCAGCGGAGUGAAUUUUCAUCUGAGCACUCCCGAACGCUGCCGUUUGCUCACAGCUGCCAACGACGGAGUGGUCAAGCUGUGGGCAGUCCAUGCGUCGCCUCCAACACCAUCGGCAAGUCCCCACCACGCCUUGUCAAAGUGCUUGGAACUUCAAAUCAGCAGGGGCAUGCCGGCUGCCACAUUUCUGGUGGUCGAGGCAUCGCUAGCUCACAAACACUGUGUGUUGUAGGCGCUGACACUCGUGACUGCGUCGUCCAGUUUGCAUGGUGCGGGCAUUUUCAGUGUGGACGCGCAACAAUCCGCCGAUGCCAUGAUCGCGACGGGGUCGAAAGAUUGGACGGUCGCGCUGUCCACCGCCACAUCGUCUUGCGUUCAAUUGUACGUCAUGCUGUGGAAUGCCAUUUCGGUCGCGUCGGGUGGCAUUGUCUUGAUCAACACACGGCAUGGCGCCACGUGUAGAGUUCGCACGUAUCAUCGUCAUGGCGGCGUCGUCAAGUGUGUUCGGUUCUCGCCCGGCCACCCUGCCCUCUUAGCCAGCUGCGGGAACGACAUGGCAGUCCUCAUCCAUGACAGCCGCCGCCACGCGUCCACGAAUGCUGCCGAGGUAGCGCUGAUGGGCCACACACGCGCGGCAAAUAGGUACCGCGUGCGUUCUCGUCGUGUUAGUGGGCGACGUGGAUCUUGCUGUAGUGUUCGGUGGGCUCCUCACUGCGUGCACACACUCGUCUCGACGGGGUUUGACGGAAACGUGAUGGUCUGGGACACUCGUCGCCCGGCCUCGCCGGUGGCAACGUACUCGACUCGAGAGAUGAAGCGACUGUUUCCCGUCGAGUUUCUCGGCGAUGACCAUGUCGUUGUCGGCGUGGAUGGUGCUCUCUUGGUGUACGAUAUGAAAAGUCAUGCUGUCAAGAGUCGAGGCGACCUCGGCUACGAAGCCGACACGUUGUUGACGGAAGAAGCGGGACUUGUUGUCGCCCAUCGGCAAACGCUGUCUUGGUUUCGAUUCGACUGACCAAGCGUCGAUGUUCGUCAAUACAAAGCUCGGGAUGCACUCGUUCUUUCCUCGACGGACGCGUUGUCAUGCAGCAAAGAGUAUCGAUGUGCCCAUGUAGGCAUGUCCAUG